AUGAUAUUAAACCUACUGAGUACGAUGAAUAUUGUGGUACAGCUCAUAAUUGAAAGCAUCAUAGACACGCAAGACAUUAUCUGUAAACUUUUGAAUUAUUGGGAAUAUAGUACAUUAAAUAUUUUUUAUUGUUCGAAGGAAAAAUCAGAAGUAGUUAAUGCUUAUAAAGAACUAGAAAAUAUAUGGAAUGAACGUAUUAAUGAUG